AUGAAAAGCAAAGCACAUUCAAAGAAUUCCACUGCUAGCAGUGGGUCUUCCUCGUCGACACAACAGAGCGUUCACAGUUCAGAUUCCGACACGGAUGACAGCGGAAUGGAUAGCAGUGACGAAUCGACGAGGCAACAAGAACACGAAGCGGCCUACGGUCUUCUAUCGUUGUCGCAAAAACCCGCUCAGAGUGGCAGCGGACACUGCGACUCUGAUCUUGCCCACCUACGCAGUUCAAGCCCCAACGAGUUGCUCAUGACCCCAGAAGAAAUUGCGCAUGUUUCCAAAACGAACUACGCCAAAAACAAGAUCCUGGAUGAACGAAAUUUCGGUUUCAGGUCCAAGAAACUCAACGAUAUGCAUCUUCUCUCUCUGAGCGAGGAAACGACAGAGACCAAGAACGUAAGGAAUUUUCUGGGUACCGGCUGCGUUAGCAGACCGUUGACUUACCCUUAUACUUCCGUAUUCCCACCUGAAAAGAACGUACCGGCUUCUCCGAAACCUUCCGAGGGGGAGAGUCAGGCUUCCGAUUCUUCAGUUAGUCCAGAACCAAAGUCUAUCAAGCAGUUCCACGUCAUUCAGAGGUACCUGUCGAACUGUCAGCUGUCACCGAAGUUAUCCGAAGCCCUACCACUUCCACCGAGAAAAACGGACAGCUACCAACCCUCCGAAGCCGUCAUCUUGAACAACAAGAAAAACGCAGUUCCUAACCUCAAUCGAGCUUUACCUACCCUGAAGGUCAACGACGUCAUCAUUACUACGGAGAGCGUGAGCGAGCUGAGGAAACGCAAGUUUUCCUCGGAAAUCGUUUUCAAAAACAAAGUCCAGCGAAGUGAUGGGGUUAUGGAUCUGUCAAUGACCACAGCACAUGACAAAAUCGUGAACGGGGUAGAAGAGAGGAUUCUGAAGAACGUCAAAGUUGCGGAGAUGCAAAAGAACGUCGCCAAUGAAAUUUAUAACACCUUGCAGAAGACGGUUCCUACCAGCCCUAAUGGGUUCGAGGGGAACGAGGAUAAGGAGGAGAAUUUCAACGUUAAAGCUGUAGAAGCAACCAAUAAUAAUACGACGAAGAACGAAACAGCUGACGGAUGCAGGGAGCAGGCCAGCUACGGUCCCGUGAACAAGGACGUUAACGACAUCAUCGUCAAGUCGGAGGGAGACAAGAGUUGCACUAUUUGUGCGAAGAGUUUCAGUAAACCUUCCCAGCUCAGGCUUCAUAUGAAUAUUCAUUACCUGGAGAGGCGUUUUCGGUGCGAAUCCUGCUCGGUUAGUUUUCGAACAAAGGGUCAUCUUCAGAAACAUGAAAGAAGCGCUAGUCAUCGUAAUAAGUUAUCAUCUUCACCCGCUUUAUCAUCGUCUGAACCACGGCCCUUCAAAUGUUCCGACUGCAACAUAGCGUUCAGAAUACACGGUCAUCUAGCUAAACACUUGCGCUCCAAAAUGCACAUCAUGAAGCUGGAGUGUCUGGCGAAGAUACCGUUUGGAUUGUACGCAGAGUUGGAGAGGUCAAACAGCCUGCUUACUGAAAUCAAUACUUCCGAUGGGGACCAAUGCCUGGAAAGUCUAAAGGUAUGGAAUAUUUCAGUUUCACAAGCUUUUACUCAACUGAUUGAUAAUUUAAUUAUUGGCCCACAUGUUCUGCAAAAACUGAAUUUCGAUAAAUUAUGUACAAUGGUUACAAAUAUUUAUGUUGCAACUUUUAGAGAAUUGUAUAGUUACGUUAAAACUUAG